ACGCCGCGCGGGCGCGGGGCGAUCGCCGGGCCGCGCCGGCGGGGGCCAGCGCCGAGGAGCCGCUGCGCGGCCUGAUGGAGCAGAGUUUUGGCCUGGCCGCCCGAGCAGCAGGACGUGGUGUGGAGGCACUGGGCGGGGGAGGGCACGGACCUGCUGGUCGCCUGCACAAGCUUGGCUGUCCUGGGGCACGACGAGCCGUUAGCCUUCGAGGGCGUGGGCGAGACCCUGCCUGAGCCCGAGGGUCAGGCCGCGGGGGCCGCCCUGGAGCACCUCGAGGCUUCUUUUGUUGGAGCAGAUCGAGCAGGCCGAGUCGUUGCUCUCGGUCGGGGAGACCGCCGCACAGGCCGGCGAGAGGGAUCACGCCGAAGCGGCCGCGCAUGUGGCGGCAUGGCCAGGGGGCUUGCCCGAGUCGGAGCCGUCGGCCAGCAUUCUGCCCCUUGCAGAGGCGGUCGCUGUUCUUCCGAAGGCAAGUCUUUUCCGCGCGAUCAGCUUCAGACAAUGAUUCACAGGAUAUUGAACACAAAAGUGUGGUGACGUGACGCACACUGUUUCGACGGCGACAACGUGUGCACAAUAUGGCUCAAGGUAUUUCAGGUCCGAGGCGGCCCACUUGAGUUCACCUCACCAGUCGAGGGCGAAAUAGUCAGGCCUCCUUGGAAGCGGAAUGGCAACAAGCAUGUGACGAGUGUCAGCCCGCCUGAAGGCCUUGCCGUCAGAAAUGCAGCAAGACAUCGUGCGGAUGGGCCGGGAGCGUCGGGGGAUGGUUCUCAAGGCGGACGCGGCAACGAUCAGGACCGUUGAAGUUGUCAGGGCAACGCUGAGCGCAUGUUUGCCAAAAGACAUCGCGAGAUUCAGAUACGCGGACGGCGGCAAGGCGUGCACCUUCCAGCUGAGACCAUCUCCGCAGAUCAUUCUGGAAUUCGUUGGCCGGGGGGAGGCAGACUGGGCUGUACGCAGGACGCAGAAAGGGCAGUGAGAAACGGGCUGCAAGAACGGCUGGAAGCGCUGGAGCCGCUGCAGCGGCUGGCGGUCUUGCAGAGAUGUCCAAACACUGCGCUGGAUCCGUCCACCGAGUCGGGCAAGCCAGCUGACGCAGCCAAGCGGCAAGCCUCAAAGGCCGAGCCUUCCGAUCCCCUCGAGGCAGAGGUCGCGCGCCUCGUGUGCCUUGUGAUCAAGAUUGGACACGGGGGUCGCCAGAGUGGAACACCACGUGGAAGCAGCACUGCGACUCGAAAGCGGGGUGGUGCGCCUACAUCAUUCGAGCCGGACAGGCACGAGCUCAAAUGUUUGAAGGGAUUCUUGGAUCACAUAGGCGAGAUGGUGCAGGCCCCCGCCUUGUCCUCCUCCACCUUCUCUUCAUGCUGACGGCAACCGCAGGUAUCGAUUUGGCCUUAACAAACAAUCCCGCCUCCCGCCUCUUCCUGAUUCCGUUCGGGGAUCAUCCGUUACCAUAUGAACGCGGCAGAGAAGACUAGCACUGUCCGUGCGCAGGGGUGACGCGCACACACCGAGACGUGCAUACGAG